GUGUCACUUUUUCCGACAGUUAAGUUACUUCCGAGCAUGACAAUUAACCGAAGCAUACUCUGCAAAUAUAGCAAAAAUGGAACUUCCUCACCCUCUUCCAAAAUCCAGAUUCUCUUAUCCAAGUCCAAGUCCGUCAAAUCCUUCUAAAACCCUAAUCACAUCACCUUCAAUCAUUCCAAUUUCCAAAAUUUCCCGUUCUCUCGGAAAAACCAUCACCCUAUAUGAACUAAACAAUGAUGUCAAGGAAGCUGCAACUAUGCCGACCAUGUCAGACAUUUUGGCCUCUUCCAGGGCCCAGAAUCUUGACCUUCUCCUCCAAACUUUUGGACCCUUUUUCAGAAUCACAGCCAGGAGCUUGGAAACGCAGAAUGAGCUCGGGAGGGCUGAGGGGCUCAUAAGGGUCUGGUUGCGAGGCAGAGUUCUUCACUUGGACUCCAUUAGACUAAGGAGAGAGACAUUGGGCAUGGAGAGAUCAAUCUUCGGUAUUGGUUUGUUCGUUGGAGCUGCCGCGGUUAGAUAUGGGUAUGAUUGUGGUUGUGGAAGAGCUGAGUUACUUGCUAUUAAUGACUCGGAUCUUUACCAUAACAAGCUUGUUAGGUUCUACAAAAGGAUCGGCUUUAAGGUUGUGCAUGAAGUGACCGGCUCAACAAUUGGAGACUGGGGUCACAUGUUAGUCUGGGGAGGAAUUGGGACCCGAAUGGAAGCUAAUGUUGAAGAGCUUCUGAUGAAAUGGUGCCGCAGGUUCAAAUCUCAGAAUUAAUUUCAGUGUGAUGUUGCUUGAACAGAUUCUAUAGACACGUGUGUUAAUAUAAUGGUUUGACUCUACAUAUGAUCUGAAAACAAUUGGUUAUUGAACACCAGAAGACUGUAGUUGAGCUUGGAUAUUAGCACUGCACUGACUUCUCGAUGGCUUGAGGUUUCUAAUUUUGGGUUUUUUCCCACAAACAAAUGCCUCAAUUCUGCCAUUAGGUUGAGGACAAACCAUUGAAGGCUCAUCCAGGAAAUAGGGAGAAAAAGGUACUGCUCCUUUGAUUUCUUGAAUGGAUAGUAUUAUAAUUUAUGCUAGAGAAAGAUUUAACUUUUUAGCCACUGGAUUGUAAAAAACGUUAUACUCAAACUGAUGGUUAUACUUGCAAGCUGAAACAAACAAAACGUCAUAUAUUGAAGCACUAUUCAAUAUUCUUGUUUUCAUGAA